CUUUCCUUACCUCAAUCAUAAGAACGACCGCAAAAAUAAUUCAACUUUCCUCAAAUUUGAAAGCUCUCUCUUCUCUCUCUCUCUCUCUCUCUCUCUCUGAGCUGGGUUUGAGUUUGCACUUCAAAUUCAAUCAUCAUCAUCAUCCACAGAGCCUCUCGAGCAAGCUGUUUCUCUUUCUCUCUCUGCGUAUCUGUCUCCCUCUAGAAGCAGAAGCUAAAAAUGGGUACCAGCAGUAGUCGACUGGGGUCGCGUCCAUCUCGGACACGACUCAGCUGGACCAAUCCAAACCGUACCGGGCUCUCCUCUUUCCUCAUCUGCGGUGGCUCCUCUUCUCGUGCUCGCCUCGAGAUGGAAGAAUGCCCAGCUGACAUUGCUGUAAAUUCUUCAGCAAAUUGUGAUCCAGCCGGCAAUAUAGGUCAGAAGCCCCCCGAAGAUUCUUCUCUUAUUUUCACCUCAGGAACAGGGUUUUCUAGCUCAAAUGCUGAAACUAGAACCUUACCUGACAGCAGCAUUCAGGCCAAUUUGCAACUUGUUGAAACAACUAAUCUGGAGAAAUACUUGCCUAAAACAAAGGAGUUAGUUAGUCCUUCCCAGGUAAGUGCAGAUUCUUGUCAUGAUGAAUAUUAUAGGGACAGAAGUAAUGCAGCUAGCACUUCACUUAAUGAGCCACAAUCUUCAAACACCGUCUCUUUAAAUAUUUUGGCUAACGAGGAUUCAAUCACUGGCAUUGGAAAUCCAGCAAAUGAGGCUGUAUCUCAGUUAUGUCCUGAGCCAAGAAGUUCACAUUGCCCAGGCCUUGGAAAUUCACUUUCUCAUGGGGUAUCUGAUGAGAAUCAUGUUGCUGAAACUACAUCGAUCCAAAAUUUUAGUUCGGAUUCUGUAGCGCAUGUUUCUGGAUUACCAAUUCACUCACAAAGAGGAGAGACAAUAUCUUCAGGUUUAGGAUUUCUUGUGCCUAAUGGGGAACAAACCCAGGGAGAUGGAAGCUUGCUCCAUGUUGAUGUGGUGAGUAUCUCUUCGAACACUUUGUCCUCUGCCGAUAUUGAUAGAAGUAACCGUGAGGCCAGACGGAAUAGUAGAAGACUAUUUUGGGAUGCAUUUUCAAGACACAGUUCUCAAAGGCUGACUGACCGUCAUACUAUUUUUUCAACUGAGGACAAUGAUGAUCUAGGAUCUCAUGACAGAUGGCUCCUUGACUUUAGUGGUGAUUUUUUCGACGACAGGGUUAGGGGUGAUUCUGGUUACCUGGGUGGUAGAGUUCACAGUCUGCAUGAACGAAGACGGUACUCAAGAUCUGAGAUUUGGGGAAGACUGCGUGGGGGUGGCAUUAAUGACAAUAACCAGCAAAAUACCUUCUGUCCAUCAGGAAUCCACCCUGAUGGUACAUGCUCAUGUGAAUCAUUGUUGAUGACUGACGAAUCUAGUACUCGUGCGAGCAUAUCACGUAUAGUCAUGCUUGCUGAGGCUCUAUUUGAGGUUUUGGAUGAAAUCCAUCGCCAGCCUAUGUCACUUUCCCUAUCUAUGGUUUCUCUCCCAGCUCCAGAAUCAGUGGUUGACUCUUUCCCUCUAAAGAGUCACAAAAAGGUGGAUUCAACAGACAGGGAUGACAUUGAACAGUGUUACAUUUGCCUUGCGGAGUACGAGGAAGGGGACAAAAUACGAGUUCUCCCUUGUCACCAUGAGUACCAUAUGUCUUGCGUUGAUAAAUGGCUCAAAGAGAUACAUGGGGUUUGCCCCCUCUGUCGAGGAGAUGUUCGACACGGUGUGACUGGUUGCUCCAACUCAGAAAAUCCCCCCUUGUCCUAGGAUUGUACAUACACUUGUAAAUAGUUAUAGAUUUUCUCUAUAAAUGUUGCAUGUAUCAAGAAUUUCACUGUUACUAUUCUCUAAAAUGGUAUUCUGGAUCAUCCUUUCUUCAGAAUAUGUUUUGUCGAACUUUUGGGGGAAUGAAUUUGCUGCUAUGUUGUUAUGUGCAUAGCAAUUGUACCUGAA